AUGACUAAUCAUGUUAUUUUCGUAACCAAAAAAAAGAAAAAGAAAAGAAAAAUCGACGACUUUCAAGAAGAAGAAGAAAAGAAGAAAGGAAGAAAGGAAGAAGAAGAAGGAGAAGAAAAGCCACAGGAUGGGAUGGGAUCUGCGUUGAUAGUACGCUUUAGCACGCCUGUACGGAGUGCACUCGAAGACUCGACCGUCGACAACAACAUUUGCUGCGGUGGCUAUUUAUAA